AUGCAUUUGUCGUGGAUGUUGGUGGCAUGGGCAUGUCUCAUUGGACGGGUCCUGAGUAUUGAUGUUGCGUCUUUUCUCGCCCAGAUCCCCGAGUGUGCGGGAAGCUGCCUGCUGGAUCUGGCAACAAACUCAACAUGUGGAAUCGAUGUGGAAUGUCUCUGUGCCGAUCCCCAGCUGCAGACCGUUGCAGCAAGCUGCGUUCAGAGCAAAUGUUUACCUCGGGAGGCUCUCUAUACACUCAACGUGACCUCGGUGGCCUGCGACUAUCCCAUACGCGACCGACAUCAAAAGUUCGAUAUAUUAGGCAUCUCCAUGGGUAUAUUUACCACAUUUGUCGUCGGUGCCCGGCUUUUCCAGAAGAUAAGGUUCGAGAGACUAUUACGGCUAGAUGAUUGGGUCAUUGUUUUUUGCUUGGUCACCUGUCUCGGCAACACUGUCACUUGUGUCUACGUAUCCGGCAAUGGCUUCGGAAGGGAUGCAUGGACAAACACCCCAUACACCAUCACCGAAUUUCUUCGAUAUGUCUAUAUCGGACAGACCUUCUACGCGGCCGACGUCUUCCUAACCAAAAUAUGCGUCCUACUUUUCUACCUCCGAAUUUUCCCUGUCCGAUCGGUACAAAUAGUUUUAUGGACAACAAUUGGAGUUGCGGUUCUCAGCAUGGUCGUAUUUAUUGUUUUGGCAAUUGCGCAGUGUCAACCUAUCAGUUUCUUUUGGACUGGGUGGGAUCAACUUCAUCAUGGACACUGCAUUGGAGUCAACCCAUUAGCUUGGGCAAUUGCAGCUGUGUCUAUCGCCAUGGACUUUUGGGUGCUCGCAAUUCCAGUAUUCCAGCUCUUGCAACUGCAAAUGAAGUGGCAGAGGAAAUUGGCUGUGACAAUGAUGUUCAUCGUCGGUACUUUCGUCAGUGUUGUCAGCAUCAUUCGUCUGCAAUUUCUCGUUGCUUUUGGCAAUUCCACCAACCCCACAUGGGACUUUUUCGACACAUGUUAUUGGUCGGUAAUCGAGAUUAAUGUCGGAAUCUGGUGUGCCUGCAUGCCUGAUCUGAGACUCCUCCUGAUAAAGGCAUUCCCAAGACUUAAGAGCAGGAGCGAUUCUAGACCAUCAUACCACAACAAGAGUGGGAGCUCGUCGAGAAAACACGGAAUAUCGCCGCAUAUCAGUUCUCACCAGACCGAGCAUGCCAUUUACAAAGGGAGUUCACGUCCAGAACCUCAACCAGAUGCGUCAUCCAGCACAGCUGAGCUUGUUGAGAUGACACGAUUUUUUAAUGAAAGUCCUACCCAUAAUGUAGCAUAG